AUGGCACCUAGCCUAACAUUUGCCUUCACCCUGGAGGUCGACCUUUCCCCUGCCCUAGAUUUUGGAGACACCCAUUGCGGUCAUCGGCGCUUCAUCCCAAUCACUGGCGGAACUGCACAAGGCCCAAAACUGCAAGCCACAAUCCUUCCUGGUGGUGGUGAUUGGAAUGCCCUGCGCCAAGACGGAAUGGGGCAUGUCUUUGCCAAAUAUACCAUUCAAACAAAUGAUGGCGUUUUUAUCAGUGUCACCAACGAAGGCUGGAUUCGAAAAUUUGAGAAAAGCUCCAGUUCAACUCCCGGUGAAUCCACGGUUGACGUGACAGAAAUGAAGCAGAGCGAGUGGUACGCAAGGACAAACCCGCGAUUUGAAGUCGAGGAUGGUCCGCAUGGGUGGCUGAAUCGAACACUGUUUGUUGGUGAUCUUCAUCGCCCAACCAUGCCCAAUCAUGUUACGAUUGAUGUGUAUGCAGUUGAAUAA